UCAACUUACGAAGCGCGAAUUUCGAUGCUCGCUCGCGAGAAUGAAAUGUUCGUGAGGAAGCUUGACCAAAUGGAGAAGGAGCGUCAAUCAAUGUACUGGGUUGCGCUCAAGAAAAGCAGAGAAUCAGCUGCACAAGACAUUCAGCAGGUUACGUCUUAUAUGGACUCUGUGGAUAAAGCGACCGAAGACCGGAUCGUGUUGCAGCUCCUUCGUGAUGCGUUCUACCAUUAUCUGUUAAACAGAGGUGACUCCAGGGAACAUUUACAGGCCAUAAUGGCGAUGCUAAAUUUUUCGCAACAGCAGAAAGAAGAAGUUUCUGGUAAACGCGGGUGCUCGCACUAA